AGAGAGGGAGAGAGAAAAUCUCAAGCAGGCUUUGCGCUGUCAGCUCAGACCCUGGCACGGGGCUCGAUCUCAUGAACUAUGAGAUCAUGGCUUGAGCUGAAAUCAAGAGUUGGAUGCCCAACCAAGGCACCCCCGCAAUGCUUUUUGAGGUCUUCCCCUCCAGUGCCAAGAUUCUAACGUUCUCUUCACCCAGCAGGCUCCCGUGGUGGAAUGAGAAAGGUAGACAAGAGGGGUGCCAGUUCCCUGGGGUUUUGUCUCUCCCAGCUGCUGCUAGAUGCCUCUGAGAAGCUCUGUUUCCAGGUAAGGAGACCACCUGUCCUAAGACCCACAGGACCUGGAACAGGAACCGGCUGAGUGGACUCCCUGGUGAAAUGAAUUGGACCAACUGUGGGUUCCAGGACUCCAGAGUCAGCAGCGAUGCCUUCCUGAACAACCCCUCACCAUUGCUCUGCUCGCAGAACCUCACUACGCUGAAGCCAGAGAUCAAACCUGAUGAACUCAGCAGUUUGGGCACAGCAGCCACAGUCAUCUCUGGCUCCGUUGGUGUGGUGGCUCUCAUCUUGCUUCUGGUGGGUCUCUUGUCCAUGACCCUGAAGAAAUGGAGACAUGAGAGGCUAUUUAAGAAACAACUGAGGCACCAGACCAACUUUCUCCAUAAAACUUCGGAGUUUUCCUGCCACGCUGAUGCCAUAUAUUCCAAUGUGAUCAACCUGACUCCCUGGAAAGAGGAUGACUUCGCUGUCUAUGCCAACGUGCCCCCUUUCGAUCGGCCCAGGAAGACAUCACCAGACCAAGUGGAAUAUGCCUCCAUUGUAUUCCACUGAUGGGAAGCCAAUGCGAUGCUUCAGGCUGAGAGUCAAACCUAUGCCCCAGCUGGUGUGUGUGUGUGUGUGUGUGUGUGUGUGUGUGUGUGUGUCUAGUUAGAAAAAUGCAUUAAAACAUUCUAAUGACGGUAAA